AUGCCAGUGGACCUUGCCGGCCAUGAUCAGGAGAGAAUCCUCCUGGCCGACAAGGUGGUACAGCCUUGCCGGCCAGGAGGAUUCCCUCCUGGUAUGGGUUUAGGACCUGCACGCCAAUCUACGCCAAUCAACCUUGCUGCAGAUUGGCAUGCACUUAUCAACCCCUGUGAUCAACUCAUCUGUCUCCUAGACGACUUGUGGAAAACGAUCAGAGAUCACUUGGCAUACUCGCCAAACAAGAUCUCCCUUGAUGAAGCUGUUGGUGCGCUUGAAUCUCACGAGAUCUUGAAAAACAUCCCACUCGACCACUCAGAUCAACUACAGUCAGCCUCCACCACAGUGAAAGGAAAAGGCCGACCACAAUGCUACACCUGUGGAGAAAAAGGCCAUCAUUUGGCCGAAUGCCCAAAGAAGAAAAAAUUCAAGUCCUCUUUGAAAUCCGGCGAGGCUCAAGCGGGUGCCACAUCAGUGCCUCAUUUAGGAAACUAUGAUUUGAAUGAGGACAAAGACGAUAGCUUUGACAAGGAAAUUGAUGUCUGGGGAUGA